AUAUAAAAAUCUAAAAACUGAUUAAUAUUUUAGCAACCUCUUGACAUUACUCUAAUUAUCGCCCUUGUUGGAAAAAGGUUAGGCUGGAACUUUCAGAUUGUUCUGGAACUUCUACAAAGUUCUUCCAUUGCUUCCUAUAAAUUGAUGAUCAUAAUUUUGAAGAGUUUCAUUUGUAUAGUAUAUAAAUUAAUUACUUAAAAACAAAAAUGGCUACAAAUGAAAAUGAAAAAUUGCAAAAUCAACCUAGACAGCCACAAAGUUUGCAAGGUUUGAUGAAAUUUGCUAUUGAAGCAGGAAGUGGCGAAGAUACGACAUGUAAUAAUAACUUUCAACCUAUGGAUGCUGAGAGACGAGCAUUCUUGGAAAAGACAUUGAAAAGUCUUACAAUUGAUAUAAUUGAAGUGCUUCAAAAAUGUAUUUCUACACUUCAUAAUAACAAGGAUAGUGCAGACCAAAAUGAAAAUGAAUGUAUUACUGCUUUAGAAACAAUACAGGACUACGUUGAUAAUAUAGACACUGCAAAUGAUUUUUUUAAAAUUGGUGGAUUCUCAAUAUUACCUAUAUGCUUAACAUCUCCUUGGCCUUCAGUUCGUUCACACGGAUGUGAGCUUAUAGCAGAUUUAGCACAGAAUAAUCCUUACUGCCAAGAAAAUUUAUUAAAAUGUAAUCUUUUACGAGACCUUUUCAAACUGCUUUCUGAUGAGAAUGUGGUUGCUGUAAAAGCUAUGUAUGCAAUCUCUUGCAUGGUAAGAAAUUAUGAUCCAGCAUUGCAAUAUUUGUUGGACAAUGAGGGAUUUAAAAGUAUCAUUGAAGCUAUUGGAUCAAAAUCUUCAACUGAUAAGCUACAAACUAAAGGUGCCUUUUUGCUCAGAGCCCUUUGCCUCCAAGACAAUAGAGUCAGAGGUGAACUGGUUCAAUUAAAUGCUGUGGAACAGUUAAGUUUAGCCUUAAAAACUUCAAGUGAUAGUCGUGAACACAUUAUGUCAGCACUUUUAUCAAUUAUUUGUUCUAUGGAGGCAGAAGAGUCUUCAAAGGAUUUAUUAACCAUGGAUUCAAUAAGCGAUGAAGUUUUAUCAAGAGCUAAAUGUCCAGAUUUGGAUUUAAAGGAAACAUUAGAUAAAUUCAUAAAAGACAGUGAAAAUAAAGCAGAAUUGCAGGAGGUGAAUGACUACUCAAAGAAACUGCGGAAUUUAAUAUUUAAACAAGAAUAACAAGAAAUAAGAUUGAG